AUGUCAAAACUGCUCAGUAAGAUCAGAAUCAGAAAGCCAAAAGCAGACCUCGAAAGCUCUUCUCAAGGAGUCCCGACACAAGAAGCACACAGCCCGCGCCAGUCACAAUCCUUUCAAGUGACUAAUGGAGAUCGCGAUCGUCAAACGCAUCAAGACAGCCAAAGACAACCACGAUCAGCAGACGCUGAAGACACUACUUCAAAAUUUGAGCGGAAGCAACUAGAGACAACAAAGAGCUACAAAAGCCCGACCAACUCAGGAUCAGGGAGAUCUGCGCCAUUCAUAUACUUCACUGAUGCAAAUGCCCGUGUGCCAAGAGCUGAACUUGACGGUUCAUCACCGCUGCAUGCAAACGUUGGUCUCCCUGCACAAGGUGGAAAUAUAGUCACGUCACCUUUCGAUGAAGUAUAUUCGAGAAUCGAUCAAAUAGGAAGCCGAGACCAAGACAAAGAAGAAGUUGAGCAAGGUGGAGUAGAUACCAUACGAGACCUGACCCUACCUAUCCAGUCGUGGGAUCCACAAACGAAAGAAGCCUUUGGCGAGGACGAGAACCAUUCAGUUUCAAUUUAUGACGAGAUGGGGCAGUCAAACUCGGCCUACUAUGACAGGAGAGGUCCGCACACACACUCAAAGCCUCGUAGGAGAAUCUCACGUGGCGAACUAAUUGACCAAAUCGCAAGUUUGGAAAGAAAGAAUGAUGAACUGGAACAAGAAAGUGAUAAGUGGUUUCAAAAGGCUGAAGAAAGGCGGAGAGAAGUGCGUGGGCGCAUUCAAGAAAUAAGCAAUUUGCAGGACAAUCUGGAGGGGUUGCAAAAUGCCUAUAAUCAGCUUGAGAAAAAGAAUAAUGGCUUGCUCGAGAAAGUUGCCCGUCUACGUAGUAGGUUGGACGAGGAGAGAACCUUCCACGACGACAAGAUCGCUGGAUUGGAGAGCAUACACCAGGAAAAGCAGGGUGAAAUGCUUCGGCAGCAAGAGGAACGAGAAAAUGCUUGGGCCUCUGAAAGAGCCACCUUGGCCUCAAAUCACGAGAUGGAAAAGCGGGACAUGGUGUCCAAGCACCAUAUGCAGGAGAGUAUCUGGCAUAACCGUGAACGGGACCUGCUCUCACACCACCAAGAGGAAAAGAACAAGCUCUCCGCCGCCCUGAUCUCACAACACCAAGAGGAAAAGAACAAGCUCUCCGCCGCCCAUCAGAACGAGUUGGUCUGCAAGGAUGAGAAGCACAAAGGCGAGAUAGAGCAGCUCAAGAAGGAGCAUGCCGAAGAAAAUAGACAUCUGAAAACUCAAGUCAAAAUUAAACAGCAGCAAUUGGCGUCUUACAGCAGCAGCAGCUCGUAUGUUGCCACAUCAGAUCAGCAGCUCAGAGCAUCGUUCCAGAACCUCUCGCAAGAAGUCAGCAAUUUGACUGCCUUGAUUCCGCAGCCCCCCAAUAUAGAGCAUAUAGCUCAUUCGGACCCAAAUAGCUAUCUGAAGCGGCAUUUAGAACAGGUUGACCGAUCGUGGCCUAGGUUCGUGCAAAGUCUAUGCUGGACUGUGCUACAUGAAGGAUUCUUUGCUCUGCCGCUGGGAUUUGGGGCUCUGGGGAAGGGUGGUGAAGGUGGCGAAAAGCUCAAGCAGUUGUGGCAGCUUUUCGAGAAACAUAUCAAGGGUGUCGGAUCAAACUUUUCAACUUCCGGUAAACAUGCCAACAUCUGGCGGGCCACGCUCUUUGAUGCGAUAUGGCGGGAAGUGACCAGUACACUGCCGUUGUCUUCAGAACACGACUUUGCCGCUCUCCUCCGUUCCAAUAUUUCACACGUAUCCGAAAAUCUUUUUGCUGAAUUGCAGAAACUCAGUGCGGGUGAACUCGAUUCGAGGGCAAAACCGCUAAUCAAGAAAAUAUGCAAGGGAUUAGGAUUGUUAUCGCUCCAGAUGGGCACGCAGCGGGCACAGAUUCUCUUGGAGAUUGUUCGUCAUGGGGAUUCAAUCACGCCGGAUGAGAAGUUUGAGGACGAGAUGGAUGGUACUAAAUCGGAGAUAAAAGUUGAUAUCGUCACCAAGCCAUGUAUGCGCAGAGUGGGAGAUGGAAGAGAGGACGGCCACACACAGAGUGUCAUCUUGAAAGGAAGCGUGGUGAGCUUGAAAGUCUCAAGAACUCAAGUAAACAGACGUUAG